AGGCAGUGGUGGAGUACAGAAGAAAGUGUAUGACAGAAGGCACGGCACUCUGUGUAGACUCGUUGACGUGUGUAUGCGUGUGUGAGCAGACUACUUUCAUUCUGGACACUUAAACAAGGUGGGCACAGAGCAGUAAUGGGAGACUGGGGCUCUCUUGGGAAGCUUUUGGAAAGCGCCCAAGAACACUCCACGGUUGUAGGGAAAGUCUGGCUUACCGUCCUCUUCAUCUUCCGUAUCCUCGUGCUUGGUACUGCUGCAGAGAAGGUUUGGGGUGAUGAGCUGUCUGGCUUCACAUGUGAUACCAAGCAGCCUGGUUGUCAGAAUGUAUGUUAUGACAAAACUUUCCCGAUCUCUCACAUCCGAUUCUGGGUGAUGCAGAUCAUAUUUGUGUCCACUCCAACGCUGAUCUACCUGGGCCACAUCCUUCACCUUGUGCGUAUGGAGCAGAAGCAUAAAUGCAAUCAGCCAAGCGGGACGGACAAACAGGCCCUGAUCAGUACCAAAGCUGGAAAGAGUCCUGUUCGGGAUGAGCAGGGGAAGAUUCGUCUGCAGGGUGUCUUGCUACGCACAUAUGUCUUCAACAUAAUCUUCAAAACACUGUUUGAAGUGGGCUUUAUUGUGGCACAGUACUUCCUGUAUGGAUUUGAGCUGAGACCACUGUACACCUGCAAUAGGUGGCCCUGCCCCAACACCGUCAACUGCUACAUCUCACGACCGACAGAGAAAACCAUCUUCAUAAUUUUCAUGCUAGCCGUGGCCUGCUUGUCUCUGCUUCUCAACCUGGUGGAAAUGUAUCACCUGGGCUUUACCAAGUGCCGACAGGGUCUUCGAUACAGACGCUCUCAUUCCGUCUGUGACACUGAAUCUAAAACAGCCAGUGAGGAAGCCAUGGUUUCUUUUGUGCCAAACUACCCAUAUUUCCCCCCCAACGCUCCUCCCCCUGCCCCCUUCCCCACCGAGCCCCACUUCCACCUCUCAGAACCGGAUGGAACCUUCCCGCCCCAUGGCAGCCGCACUGUCUACAAGCAAAACCGGGAGAACAUGGCUGUAGAGCGCAGUGGCAAGCCUGACGCAGAAGUCAAGACCAGCAAAAACUCAAACUCUGCACCUGGAUCCCUAAACCAGCAACGCAGGCCCAGCCAUUCAAGUCGCUAUAGCAGCAAUAAGACCAGGCUGGAUGACCUCAAAAUCUGAUCAGAAGGACAUUACUGACAUUACAUUACUGACCAGGCCCUUGACUACCAGGGAGCCCUUGACUGCCCGGGGGUGCCCUGGGCUUUAAGGCUGCGCGAUGUAGUUUGGUGAACCGCCCUUGCUUGAAAAUCAGUUCAUCCUUUUGGGCAUGAACAAUGAACCCACCCCUGAUUACAGUUACUGAUUUUCAAAGUUAAUUACUUUUAAGUACAUCACUUGGGUUACACAUAAUUCUAAAAUAAUAUUAUUUAUAUAGAAACCAUUAAAAACAUUUUCAUAUAUACACCUGUUUGUUUUUGUGACAGCUGAAGGCAUAAUGACUGUGAAAAAGGUGGAAAUAGACAUUAUUUUGAAAUCAUUGAGUGGAAAAACAAACUAUUCUCUGAAAAUUGUUUUAGAAAGUAACUUAAUGCAAAGUAAUUUGUAUUGUGAUUAUUUCCCCUAUGAAGUAAUCAGUAAAGUAAUUUGAAUAUAGAUAUAAAUCAUUUGUAGUUUAUUACUAAUUUUGAGCAAUUUAUCCAAUGCUGGUAAUUUCAGCACGCUAGCAUCAUGAAACAAUUAUUGUACAAAUAAUAAUUAUUUUCAACAGAUGGUCUUGACCCAAAUUCAUGCAAAUGGUUAAGCCAAUGUUGCUGUGUCUGUCUGAGCUGAAUGGUCAAACAAAGUAAUGUAUUUAUGGUGCUACAUUGUUUACACUUUUCAGGGAUAUCAUCCUAUAAAUGGCUUCCUUAUAGGUGCCUCUGUAUAAAGCUGGGGCAGAAAAAAUAUUUAACAAAAAACAAAAACAACACACUUCAGUUUUAAAUAUCUUUUACACAACAACCUGACACACACAUACAGUGUCAAAUACCUGUUAUUUUUAUUUUCAUUGAGAUUUUAGAUUAAGAACAGAAUUUCAAAUUGUUCAAAUUGUACAGCUGAAAUGAACCAAAUCUAAUGCACACAUACCAGAAAGCACAUUUGGAAGGUAUGGACUUCAGCUCUGACAAUCUUAACCUGAGGUUCACAGCAUCAUCAGUGUGUGUCUAUAGUCAGUUUAAAACUCUUUAGCCAGAGAUCCACCACUGUAGUAAUUUACUGUCCACACAUUCUCAGCGUGUAAACAUGAUUCAUAUAAACUUAAGUUGUUAUGUGUGUGUGUUCACUUCUUAAAUAAACACUGGAUUCUAUUCUAAGAAGACUGAAACGAGUACCCAGAGACACUCUGUAUAUGCGUGUUCAGAAUGAAACCCGAGACAGUUCUGGCAGACGAAUGGGAAGGAACACUGAUUGGUUAAAUCCAUUUCAUUAGGCAAGAGAGCAGAUUGGCUCAAAAGAGCUGAAUUGGACGAAAACAUCCCAGCAGAUUCUAAAAGUUAAAUUCCACAUACAUUAGAGAGUGUGACAGGGCAAUAAUACACUUUUAUGUUCUCUCUAGCUCUGUUCCAAAACCUAGUGAGCUGCCUUGAUUUCUACAUGGGCAGAUACCUUCUAAAGCUCAUUAUAGAUUACAUGGAACCGUAUAAGUGACUGGUUUGAAAUGCUCUUUUCUGACAACAACUCUGUUAACUGUCAAAUAUUGUCCACACAAAUGUGUCCUCAUGUAAAAUGCAAGAGACUACACUAACGUUCAUAGUUGAUUAAAUAAAGCAUGAUGUUAACAGGUUGCUAAGCUCAAAUGACUUCAUAAUUCAAAAUGCAUUCAAAAUGCUUACAAAUACUGAGUGAAAUGUUGCAUGCUUAAUGAAAGGUAACUAUUUUCUAUCAAUAAUUUAAAUAGGUAUUUUGUAUUUAAAAUUAAAAUGUAAAAAACUAAAAUUUGACUGAGCUUAUUGCAAUCCAUUCUACAUUGGCCUUAUCUGCAAAGGAUACAUAAAAUGUAUUACAUGACUUGUAUUAUACAUCAUACUGUAUGUUAAUGUACCAUAAAGUCUGAUAAGGAUGGGUCUGUUUCCAUUCAAGGUUUUCCCCCUCCAUUAACUCAACAUCUUGUGGCAUUUUCCUUGCCACAAUACACAGAAAUUAUGUGUAUUAUCAAAAAGCACUGUACAAUAAAAAUAACUUGACUUUUAGCACACAUUUUAUGAUGCCUAAAAAUGUUGCCUUGUUUGGUAGCUUACUGUAUUUUGGAACAGAGAAUUUCCCUCACAUUCCAUAAGCCACAUGACUCAUUGAAGGUGCUACCACAGUUUUCAGGGUCAGAGGUCAUGUGAGCUAUGCCAGCGUGACCUUAUUUUUUUUAUGGAUCAUUGUGGAGUCUCUACAGUACAGUCAAUAACCUAGGUAUCUGAAAUGAAAUAUCUUUUCAUGCAGUGUAACA